UGGACCUCAAGAUACGCCCUCAUCCACGGAGCGAAGAAAGUUUUUGAUCUAGACGAUGAUAAUAUCAUAUACGCCGAUAGCGUACAAGAGAUAACCAAGGGCGACUUCAUGGGCUACUGUGGGGCCUCAAGAGAAACAACAGGUUGCCCCGGGAAACAUACUGUCACUAUUUCUGCCACUUCUACCGUGCCUAGUGUCUUCAACCCUUAUAGUACAGGUAUGGUCCCUGGUCUCGACAAUGCGGAGACUGUCCUUUGGCCCAGGGGUUACCCACUUAGUUAUAUCCGUCGGGACCGGGCAACCACCACGGCGAAGCCCUCUAGUACAUCAGACACUUGGACACGGGAGAUAGCCGUGGUCCAGACCCUGGCCGAUAACGACCCUGAUUUCGAUGCGAUAUACCGCUUAACGC